UAUAUUUCUCCUUACCAUUCCUUUUGUAUACAAUUUUACAAGAUACACCAAAUUUUUUCUCUUCAAUCAAAACAACCAGCUAAUAAACAACUUGCCUAAACUAAAUUAUUACCCUUAUAUUAUAGCUAGGCAUAAACAUACAACAUCUUUGAAAACAUUCAAACCAAAUCAAAACACCAAACAAAAAGAACACAUAAAUGGAGCGCGUUUUCUUAAUGUUAUUAUUGCCUCUUACAAUUGGUUUGAUCCUACAACAAAAUGUAGCAAUAGCCUUGAAAGUAAGAGGCGGUGUUCCUACCGCUAGCCCAACCAACAAAGGCAACGCACCAAACCCCCUCAUCGAAAAGGCGUGUGCUAACGCACAAUACAAACAAUCAUGCACCCAAACCCUAAAGUCACAACCAGAGAGUGAAACCGCUGACAUGAAGAAAUUGGCAUUUUUGUCCCUUAACAAGACUAAGUCUCUAGGAUCAGAAAUUGCUGCAUGGGUUGGUGACAAGCUUGAGGACCAAGAAUCGAUGGGGCCUGGCAUCGAGCAAGCCUUGACCGACUGCAAUGACCAGUACACCGAUGCAAUGGCUCAACUCGAGGACUCGUUGGUGGCCUUCUUCUCUAAUGCUUAUAAAGAUGUUAACACUUGGAUGACAACCGCGAUGAAUAACGCAAAUAGUUGUGAAGAUAGCCUUCAAAAGGGAAAUGCAGUGGAUGUAAUGGGUGACAAGAAUAAGGUGUUUGCGCAACAUUGUUCUAAUGCUUUGGCUGUUGUUAAUGCUUUGGCUCAGAAACAGUAAAAACGUACAUGAAUGUUGUAUGGUUAGAUUUUUUUUUUUUUUUUUUUCAUCUUUGUUGUGUCGUGUUGUGUUGCGUGUGUAUGUUUUGGUAAUAUGGUAAAUUUGUUACGGAAUAACAUUAGUUUAUAAUUGAUUUAUGAAUUUCUUACAUAUCAAAACUUGAUUUCUUUGUUCAUGUGUUGUUACAUAUUUGAAUUUACAUUGAUAAAAAAAUUUGCUUGAUAAAUUAAAAGAAAAUACUCUAUCAAUUCGCUAAAUGAGAGGAUUGAAUAAUGAAUACAUUACGUGUGCAUGAAGCUAAAUCAGACAAUCAGUCGUUGAAUUGUAAUACUCGGCCUCUAUUUAUGUCUAAGACAAAGAAAUAAGAUUUUAUUAAUAAGAUACCGAGGCCAAUUGACCACAUUGAUAUAAAAGUUAGCACCUUCGUGACACGGUGGUAUAAAAAUUAGCACCGGUGACAAAUUGGUAUAAAAGUUAACAAAUUGUGACAAAUUGGUAUAAAAAGUUAACAAGUUGUGACGUUUCACCCUUCUUUUCUUGCCGAAGGAGUUUUUUUUUUUUUUUAUUUUUUUUUUUUUUGGUUAUUGUUAAUUCUCAUUUUAUGCUAAAUAAUUCUCUCCUCCAUGCUCGUGCACCCAAGAUUAUCG